AUGGUAACCUUUCACUCUGCUUUCAACCCCACACAGGUCUUCUUUGAUGUGAGGAUUGGAGAAAAAGAUGUUGGCAGAAUUGUGAUUGGGCUUUUUGGAAAAGUUGUACCCAAGACGGUGGAAAAUUUUGUUGCUCUAGCAACAGGAGAGAAAGGAUAUGGAUACAAAGGAAGCCAGUUUCAUCGUGUCAUCAAGGACUUCAUGAUUCAAGGAGGUGACUUCACCGCUGGAGAUGGCACUGGUGGUGUGAGCAUUUAUGGUGAGACAUUUCCAGAUGAGAACUUCAAGCUGAAGCAUUAUGGCAUCGGGUGGGUCAGCAUGGCCAAUGCGGGGCCUGACACCAACGGCUCUCAGUUCUUUAUCACCUUGACCAAGCCCACCUGGUUGGAUGGCAAACAUGUGGUAUUUGGAAAAGUCAUUGACGGGAUGACAGUGGUACACUCCAUAGAGCUCCAAGCAACUGAUGGGCACGACCGCCCGCUCACCAACUGCUCCAUUGUCAACAGUGGCAAGAUCGACGUGAAAACGCCCUUUGUAGUAGAGCUCCCUGAUUGGUGACACAGCUGGCAGAAGACAAGGAACAUACUUGGCAGGGGUGUGUGUGUAUGUGAGUGAGUUGUGUCUUUUGAUUCUUCAAAGUUACUGUUUUGCUUUGUUUGUUACUUUCUUUUAAUUUUCUCACCCAUAUCACAGGAGAGUUAUAAAAAUCAACCACUCAGUGUUUAGUUUUCAUGAAUUUUGGUAAAUCACCUGCUUAGUAACAUUGAAUGUACACAUAUCCCCUUCUUCCAGUGGUGCUAUUUUUAAACUAGAAAAUUUUGUAUUGGCUAUUUUUUUUUUUUUUUAAAAAGAACACUAUUUUUUUUGCCAAUUAAUUAUGAUGUGACUGGUGAUGCCAAAGAUUUAUCUGAAACAGAUAAGGACAUGGAAUUUAUUAUUUUGUAUUCUCACAGAAAUUCAGGUAAAGGGAAAUUUGAUUACUGUAAUCCAACCUAUGUCAUAGGGAUUUUUACUUGAGAAGAAGGUGCUGUUGUGUUCUCUAUAUUAAAUACUUUCUGUAUGGAUCAA